AUGUCGGCCUCCCUGCUCCGCGUCGCCGCUCGCGGCCCCUCCAACUUGCUCCGCGCCAACCUGGUCGCUGCCCGGCCGCAACCCAUCGCCGCGCGCGCCGUCCUCGCCGCCCCGAGCUUCAGCACAUCCGCCCGUCUGCGCUCCGAGCACCAGGAGGAGACUUUUGAGGAGUUUUCUGCCCGUUAUGAGAAGGAGUUUGACGGUGUUCAGGACGUUUUCGAGCUCCAGCGCAACCUGAACAACGCCUUCGCCUACGAUCUCGUCCCCUCUCCCGCCGUUGUGUCCGCUGCCCUCAGGGCUGCGCGGAGAGUCAACGACUUCCCCACCGCUGUCCGGAUCUUCGAGGGCAUCAAGGCCAAGGUUGAGAACAAGGGCCAGUACCAGCAGUAUCUGGACGAGCUCAAGCCGUUGCGCGAGGAGCUUGGAAUCCCGCUCAAGGAGGACAUGUACCCGGAGGAGUCCAAAUAA